CUUCCCUUCUUUCUUCUUCUCUUUCAGGAGCCCCCACCCCGCUUUGCCUCUCUCUCCUCCUCCUCCUGCUCUGCAAUCAGGGAAAUAAAUCAGGGAAGGACAUACACGCACAUAGAGUGAGCGGGGAUCUGUUACAAAAGUAGCGCUGAUGGCGGCGGAUCAGAUGAAGCUGGAGCUGCUGCUGGAGUAGCAGAGAGUAGAGUAUCUCUCCGUCUCUCUUCUCUAUUUCUCUUCUUCCCCUCUCCACCCACAGAUCUCCAUCGUUUCUCCUCCUCCUUCCCACCCUCGGCCGUGCUCCCGCUUCUCCACACAUCUCUGGGCUGCGCCUCCUGCGAAGGGGGCGGGUGGGGGGGAGCGGAGGAGGCUUUAAAAAACAACAGCCCCCCCCCCGCCACCACCACACCACACACGAUAAUUGCAUUUAUUAUUAUUGCCGUCUCGCCGACUUGGGGAAGGGGGAUCGAUCUUCGAUCAGGAAGAUGGCUGCUGGCUGGCUGCUGGUUUUUAGCCUGACACUUUUCCAGUCCUUGGUGAUGAACCACUCUUCGGAGGGACCUUUCCCCUCUGCCACCACGAUAAAAUCAUGGGUAGAUAAGAUGCAAGAAGAUCUCGUAACAUUAGCACGAACUGCAAGCGGAGUGGACCAACUUGCUGCGAUUUAUCUGAAAAACAGAGAUUUGUAUACUGUGGAAGCCAACAACCCUCGUCAGCUCGUGGAACUUGCAGCCAGAGACAUUGAAAAGCUUCUGAGUAACAGAUCUAAAGCCUUGGUGCGCCUCGCUAAAGAAGCAGAAAAGUACCAAGCAUCACAUCAGUGGAGGGAUGAGUUUGGGAAUAAUGAUAUAAUCUAUUACAAUGCAAAAGACGAUCAGAAUGAUCCUGAAAAGAAUGACACUGAAUCUGGCAGCCAGAGAAUCAGACCAGUAUUUGAAGAAGAUCCUGUUUUCCGACGACAGACAUCUUACCAACAUGCAGCAGUCCACAUACCAACAGAUAUUUAUGAAGGCUCAACGAUAGUGUUAAAUGAACUCAACUGGACUGCAGCGUUGGAUGAUGUAUUCAAGCGGAACAGAGAAGAAGACCCCACUUUAUUAUGGCAGGUUUUUGGUAGUGCAACUGGCCUCGCUAGGUAUUACCCAGCUUCCCCAUGGGUAGAUAAAAGUCGAACUCCAAACAAAAUAGAUCUCUAUGAUGUUCGUAGAAGACCAUGGUAUAUUCAAGGAGCUGCAUCUCCCAAAGACAUGCUUAUUUUAGUUGAUGCGAGCGGAAGUGUCAGUGGAUUGACGCUGAAGCUGAUCCGCACUUCAGUCAUUGAGAUGUUGGAGACCUUGUCUGAUGAUGACUUUGUGAAUGUAGUUUCAUUUAACAAUAACGCUCAGAACGUCAGUUGUUUUAAUCAUCUUGUCCAAGCUAAUGUGAGGAACAAGAAGAAGCUGAAAGAAGCUGUCUAUAAAAUCUCUGCUAAAGGAAUCACUGAUUACAAAAAAGGCUUUAGCUAUGCAUUUGAACAGCUGCUAAAUCACAGCGUCUCUAGAGCUAACUGCAAUAAGAUUAUUAUGUUGUUUACGGAUGGUGGUGAAGAAAGAGCACAGGAAAUUUUCCAUAAAUACAAUGAAGACAAAAAAGUACGUGUGUUCACAUUUUCUGUUGGUCAGCAUAAUUAUGACAAAGGACCUAUACAGUGGAUGGCCUGUGAAAAUAAAGGUUAUUAUUAUGAAAUUCCGUCCAUUGGAGCCAUAAGAAUAAACACCCAGGAAUAUCUGGAUGUUUUGGGCAGACCAAUGGUUUUAGCUGGGGAGAAGGCCAAACAAGUCCAAUGGACAAAUGUCUAUCUGGAUGCUCUGGAGCUGGGCCUUGUGAUUACUGGAACCCUACCUGUCUUCAAUCUAACCAAGGAACAAAAUGGGAAAAUAAAUCAGCUGAUUCUUGGAGUGAUGGGGGUUGAUGUCUCUUUGGAGGACAUAAAAAAACUGACACCCCGAUUUACGCUUUGUCCAAAUGGAUACUAUUUUGCAAUUGAUCCUAAUGGGUAUGUGCUACUUCAUCCAAAUCUCCAACCAAAGCAAAUUGGUGUGGGCAUACCAAAAGUUAAAUUGAGGAAAAGGAGACCCAAUGUACAGAAUCCUAAAUCCCAGGAGCCUGUUACACUGGAUUUUCUAGAUGCUGAAUUGGAAAAUGAUAUUAAAGUUGAGAUUCGGAAAAAAAUGAUAGAUGGAGAAAGUGGAGAAAAAACAUUUGAAACACUGGUCAAGUCCCAAGAUGAGAGAUAUAUUGAUAAAGGAAACAGGACAUAUACAUGGACUGCUGUGAAUGGCACUGAUUACAGUUUGGCAUUGGUGUUACCAUCAUACAGCUUUUAUUAUAUUAAAGCCAAAAUAGAAGAACCAAUAACUCAGGCCAGAUGUAAGUACUAUGAAGAUUCAGAAACGCUGAAGCUUGAUAAUUUUGAUGAAGCUGGCUAUACGUUUAUAGCACCAAGAGAAUAUUGUAGUGAUGUAAAAAAAUCAGAAAACAACACUGAAUUUCUAUUAAAUUUCAAUGAAUUUAUUGACAGAAAUACUCCAAGCAGUCCAUCAUGUAAUACUGAUAUGGUCAUUAGAGCUUUGCUGGAUGCAGGAUUUACAAAUGAACUGGCCCAAAAUUAUUGGAGUAAGCUGUCUCUCGAUGGAGUUGUUGCACAAUUUGUUGUUACAGACGGUGGAAUUACUAGAGUGUUCCCAAAAAGGGCAGGAGAAGAUUGGCUGGAAAAUGCUGAAACUUAUGAAGUCAGCUUCUAUAAACGGAGCUUAGAUAAUGACAACUAUAUUUUCACAGCUCCAUACUACAACAAAAGUGGUGCCAAUAGCUAUGAAACAGGUAUUAUGGUAAGCAAGGCUGUGGAAAUAACAAUUAAUGGGAAGCUUCUGAAACCAGCAGUUGUUGGAAUAAAAAUUGAUGCAACCAGCUGGAUGGAAAAUUUUACAAGAACCACAAUCAAGAGCCUGUGCAACAGUGAAAUCUGUGGCUGUGAGAAAAACAGUAUGCAUGUGGACUGUGUUAUCCUUGACGAUGGUGGAUUUCUUUUGAUGUCAAAUCGGGAUGAAUAUACACAGCAGAUUGGAAGAUUCUUUGGUGAAAUUGAUCCUGGCCUGAUGCGAAACCUAAUUAACAUGUCCCUGUAUGCCUUUAACAAGUCGUAUGACUAUCAAUCAGUCUGUGAUCCUGAAGAAGAACCAAAGCAAGGAGCUGGACUUCGUUCUGCUUAUGUGCCUACGAUAACAGACAUUUUGCAUCUAGGAUGGUGGGCUUCAGCAGCUGCCUGGUCUAUCUUACAGCAGCUGUUUUUGAGCUUGACUUUUCCACGUUUCCUUGAAGCAGCUGAUAUGGAAGAUGAUGAUUUUGGUGCUGCCCUGCCUAAAACAAGCUGUAUCACUGAGCAAACUCAGUAUUUCUUUGAAAAUGAUGAUAAAUCCUUUGGUGGGAUUGUAGACUGUAUAAACUGCUCCAGGCUUUAUCAUGCAGAGAAGAUUUCAAACACCAAUCUAGUAUUCAUUAUUAGUGACAGCCAACUGCUGUGCCGCUCCUGUGACCCAAAGCCACUCAUGCAAGCAGAGAAGCCGGAUGAAGGGCCAAAUCCUUGUGAAAUGGUCAAACAACCUAGAUACAGAAAAGGUCCUGAUGUCUGUUUCGAUGAAGCCAAACAGGAUCAGCCUAUAUGCACAACGAGUCGUGCCUCUGCCAUGACGUCCGCUCCUAUCUUCAUUUUUCUGCAAGUUUUCAUGUGGUGUGGAUGGAAGAUUCAGCUGACUGCGGUGGUGCCUCUGGUCUGAGUCCAUCACUGUGGUCUAUGGUAGGAAUUCAGUUGGUCCUGCUUUGGCUGUUAUCUGGCAGCAGACACUACCAGUUAUGACCUUGCUAAACCAAAACCUGCAUAACUUAAUCAAGACCCUGCCAAAACGAUAGCCUCAGUUUCAUUUUAAAAGGGUCAGCUAUUCAGACAGCAGCAGAACAGCAGUGCUUGUGUCUGGUUAUCACUCGGUGUGAAACUCAUAAAGGCACCCACGGUGGCUGCAUGUUGGAGUGUCAGAUCCUUAAACGUGUGUGAAUGCUGCACCAUCUAUGCCAUCUAAACAGAAUUCUGUAUGUGCUCCAUUGGGGAAUCUAAGAUUAUUUUUUCCUUUUGUUUGUUUGUUGUUGUAAUCUUGAUGACUUCAUGUAAAAGGGCUCCCCUGACAAUAGCUUAUGUAUAUGACUUUUAUUUCUUUUAAGCUUUGGAUAUCUUGAAGAUUUAUAUUCUUUUACAUAAACAGUUAUUAAAAAAAAAAAAAGAAAAAGAAAAAAGAAAACCUACUCCCCAAUCUGCACUACUAGCACCAUGAUGGCUGCUUUGAGCAUCAGUUUUGUCCAAACUAGCUGAGUAAAAUGAAAAUAUUGGCUAGUCAUCAGAAGGUCAGCAUGAUUUCAACACUUGGUGAUGAGUGGGUUAUUCUUCUGAAUGAAUCAUGUAGCCAGCUAAGGUAGGCUGAUAAAUUGUUAGUUUGAAGGAAGGAAGGAAGGAGGGAAACUUCUGGUUUUAAAAAUAUAAAGGUGCUUGAGAGUUUAACUAAAAAGUGAUUCUUAUCUUAAACUUGAUGUCAUCCUCUGUCGGAAAAAAAUUAAUUUCAGUGUAAUGUUCACCUCCUUUUCACGAUACAGUGAUGCAUAAAGCUAGUAGAAUUCUUCAAAGGCUCAAAGAAAAAUGCUUGUGAAUAAAAACUGUCUUUGUGAUAUUUGAACAUUGGUUUCCAAGGGUAUUUUGCAUGAUGAUGAUGCUAUGUUAUUGUUUUUCAGUUUGUUUUCUUUGAUGGUAGAGUUUAGUCCAUUGAAAAGGUAAAUGAGUGAUUCUGUUAUUGUGUGAGAAACUGAACAUUGCAAUGUGUUGCAAUCAGAUCAUUAAAUUAUAAAACAGAGCUCUGAAUAUACUGUGUAAUGAAAAAGCUGAGAAAAUAGGGUAAAUUUAGCUAUCGUAACAAAAGGGUUGAGUUGGAUAUUUUACAGAUUAGUGAUCUCACAUGAAAAUCUGUGUACAGAUAUUUUAAGUAUAUAAAAAUCAGAUUUAACACAUUUAUUUUUGGAAGUAUGUGUUCUCUAAGGUUCAUAUCAGGUUCCCCCUUUGUUUCCUUCAUAUAAAUACCCUCAUAAUAUUAAAACUUCUGCUGUUGCUAUUUACUAUUGAAAAUGGCAUAUUUAACAGCAAAAUGCCCUGGUUUCUGAGAUUAGAAAAAAACAAAUGGGGAGCCUUGAAUCUAUAUGUAUGCACAUUGAUACUUGAUUGUGAAUAAUACUUUUAGAAGUUGUUUUUAUACAACCUCAUUGGUGAUACAGAUUGGUGCAGUAAAUUACAAUAUUACAGUGUAGCAUAGUGUUGAUGCAAAAUAUGAUUUGCGCUUUUUUUCCUAGUUUUCAGAACUAAACAGUAUUGCAAGACAGCUAAACCAAUGAAUGUGUAACUCUGCUGGUAUUGUACAAUUCUGCUAACAACUGCAAUAUGCAAAUAUUAACAUGGCACAAUACACUAGCUCUUUAAAAAAAUAAGCUGCAAAGCAUUGGUAUGUAUAUGCUGGCAAUUGAUCGAUAUAAUUUUAAUCAUGCCAAAAGCUUAAGGAAAUAAUUGGGCAUGCGUUAGUAUCCUAUGAAAACCGAAGAAGCUACUGGAAGCCAUGGUAUGGCUUUAAAGAUCAGAUGUCUACUGUAGUGGUACCCAUGGCUGGUUUGUUCUUUUUCUCACAUAUCUUGGCUCCAGCUGUGUAUUUUCUUAUGUGUGAAAUACAGCAAGUGAAAAAGUAAAACCUGACCUUUUGUCCAGCAAACAGAUUUAGCUUUUAAAGAAAAAGUAUCUCUGGUAAAGUUAUGGGGUUAAAAGGACAAUUAAUUGUGUUGGAUGACUUAAGGUCCUCCUCAGGGAAGGUGAGCUAAUUUUGAUAAUAUGGAUAAUAAUAACAAUAAUCUUGGAGCUCUUCAUUCCAGUUCUGUAACUGCAUUUCUCUUCACCCUAUCACUGGUCACCGUCUCAUAAACAGUUAAUUUCAGUCUUUGUAAUUCUGAGACUGCAUCCUGUAUUUUUCCUUAACAUGGUCAAUAAAAAUUUUAUGGGAGGAACAAAUUUUGUAGCAUUAGGCCAAUGCUUACUACACUCAUUGAAUUUACUCUAAGAUUACUUAAAAUAUACAUUAGCUUGCAUUUUGCUCUGUUAAUUUCUUGAGAGGUUGUCAGUAUGUUGUCCUCUAUAGUCUUCACUUAGCUUCCCAAGAGCAUGGAAAAUUUAUGUUAAUUAACACUUUGUAACAAAUUGUUUACAUUGGCAGGCUGUAUUUUGAGUUACUUAAUAUUUGAUUAGAGCAUAUAGGUAGAAAGGUGGCAAAAAUCUGUUCUGCCACAGAACAUGACUGUGGCUUUUUCUCUCAUCCAACUUCCCUUAGACUGCUCAAAUACAAAAGGAGGGAGAAGCUCGUGCCAUGCAGAUCCAUCAGCCUUCUUGGGUUAUCCAGAGAGGGAAAUGUCCUUUGCUCCUCUCCUCUGUCCCUUUGUAUGACCUGAGGAAACAUGUUUCUGUAUGAGCACGUAGCUUUCCAUUAUACCCAUCUGAUAGAAAAAUCAGGAUCUGGCCCUCGCAGGAGGGCUUAGUAUAUUCCUCACAUAAUUCAAUUCUUUAAAAAGGGGAAAUAAGACGUUUUGGCUUCUUUCUGCAGAAAGUAAUCUAUAUUUUGAUUAUAUCCAAGUGAGGGUCAAGAUUCUUUAUAGUGCACUACCUAGAUAUCUGCAAAUUACAAAACACAGAUGGAAAAUACAAUGUGAACUCUAGCUAUCUCAGUCUGUUAGAAAUAAGUUGCAUGAACAAAUACAUAUCCUCAUGCAGAAAAGUAUUCUUACUCUCGCAUAAUGCAUAAUAGUCAUCUCUUGUCUAUGAGAGAAGAAAUUUGAUCCAAGGCUUUAAAUUGAGAUGUUUUCAAGUCACAAUAUGUUGUAAAAAAGGGGCUUUUUGUUUUAAAGCCAGAUAAAAAGAUCUGUUGAUCUUUGCUUGGAUCCUUUAAAUAGUACUAAGGGAACUGUUGGGACUGUUUCAGUUCAGAAGUCAUGCAGCCUAUUGUAUGUCUGACAAAUAACCACCACUAAAGUUUUUACAGCAUGGUACUUUGCAAAACAUGAUCUGAGGAUUUAACAUGAAAGGUUUCUUUGUAGUUUUUCAUUUAAACAACCAGCAUUACUGCCAAAACACUGAUUGUGGUCCAUAUUUGUAAUAGGUUUUUAACAUGACACAGCAGGUUUGAGUGACAAGAUUUUUAGGUCCUGUACCUUUAAGAUUUUAGUAUGAUCUUUUUCAUGUUUCUAAUGCUUGAGGCUUUACUGCUUGACUUGACAAAAAACAGUGUUGCUGCCAUUUGUAAGUUUUCCUAGACUAUUCCUUUUACUAACUUAAAAACUGGCCUUACUGGGUUCAAAUAGGCAGUAUCCCUUUUAAGUGACCUUUGCAACCCAAGUGUUACUUGCUGUGGUUCAGUAUCACUGAAGAGACAUUAAGACCUUUUGUUCCCAUUAACACUUAAGCUCAGAAAAUGUUCUUAGUUUGUCUUAAUUUCAAAACACCACCUCAGUCCCAGUGGUCCUAAAAAUUCGGUUGCUAGCACACUGGUUAUUAAGAAGUACAUUAAUGCCUACAAGGCACUGCAACACACUUGGGUGUUUUGGGAAUGUAAACUGAAGGUGAAAUCUUAAUAACUCCUUCCUUAGGAUAAAUUUUACCCUUGUUCCAUCAGACAUCCGCGCCUUUAACAAAGGCCAGAUUUAUUAUGAUUUUUUUCAUACCACAAUGUUAAUAUUGUUAAUACUCAUUGUAAACUAUUGUACAAAGAUUAAAACAAAGUGUCUGAAAGCAAUUCAAGAGUUUUGAAAAGUUAGCCUCACCCUCUUCCCAGCUACUUGCAUCUGUCCUGUUUAUGGUUUAAAAGAAAAACAUCAUCAUGAAGAAAUAAUUUCACUGAGGCUAAAGGGAUACUGUCUUGUUCAGAUGCCAUGAAUUGUGAUUGUGAUCUGAAAAAGCUGUCUUCUCUUCUUGUGUUGUAUGGAAUGUCUGCAUCAUGCUUUCUGGGAUAUUUUUAUUGAAAUGCUCCAUCUGCAUUUCUGCAAAAAGAGACUUGGUUGCUCUCCCACGGCAGUCAGGUCUUUCUCCCUUUUCUUGUGUUCUCUUGACACUUUUGUGGAACUUGACAAGCCUGGAAAAACUGAUUUUUUUGUAAAAAUUUGUACAAUAAUGUUAUAAAAAGUUUAUAAUCCUAGAACUGUUGUGUUAAUUCUUGUGCAAAAACAGUAUAUUCAGAAUAAAAGUUUAUCAUUUAAAAUCAA